AUCAUGGCUGGUGCUGUAGAGCCUCAUUUGCUGGCACUCAAAGUCAUGCGACUGUCACAUCCCAGUUACGCACAGACACAUCCACUUUAUACAGACACGGACUUGGCUCUGCCUGCUGCCGAGGUUGUCCAGUCGCUUAAGCACAGCGACUCCAGCAUGCAAGUCGAUGAUGAUAUGUAUGCUGGAAUAGCAGGUUUGGGCAGUUUACUGACACUUCCGCCUGCAUUCGGAAACAUAUAUCUUGGAGAAACCUUUUCAUCCUAUCUUUGUGUGAACAACGAGAGUCUUACUCCAGUCCUCAAUCUGACCUUCAAGGCCGAGUUGCAAACAUCGACCCAGCGCAUCACUCUGGCUGAUACACUUUUAUCUUCUGCUUCUUCUUCUGCAUCCUCGUCUACUGGUGUUGAUCGGCUUGCUCUUGGCAGCAUAUCUGGCUCUUACUCUACUUUGCAUGGGUCUGGUCCUGCCGAGAAUCGACAGUCGCUGGCCAGUUCCUUGCUACCGGGUCAGUCUGCUGAAUUUGUUAUUCACCACGACAUCAAGGAAUUAGGAAUUCAUAUUCUAGUAUGUUCUGUGCAUUACACUCCUGCUCCUGUCAUUGGAUCUUCUGCUUCAUCUAUGGAUCGAGAGCGAAAGUUUUUUCGCAAGUUUUACAAAUUCCAGGUUCUCAAUCCACUCUCUGUCAAAACAAAAGUCAAUACCUUGCAAGAUGGCCGUAUCUUUCUCGAAGCACAAGUUCAAAACGUAUCGUCCUCUUUCAUGUAUUUGGAAUACAUGAAUUUUGAACCAAAUGAUCCCUUUUUAGUACAAGAUUUGAAUCUGUUUCGCGAUUCAAGUGUUUCUCUAACUAGUGGCCAGAACGAUAUCGUUUCCACUAAAUCAGAAACAGAGACAGAUGUACAGUCGUCUCAGACUUCAAAGGGAUUGUCUGUAUUUAAAGAACGAGACUUGCUUGGGCAACAGGAUACUCGACAAUAUUUAUAUAUGCUCACUCCCAAAUCCAUCAAUGAUGUUGCAACACGAAUGCUUCCAGGACUUGGAAAACUAGAUAUCUCUUGGCGGACUGUUCUUGGACAAAGCGGUCGAUUGCAAACAUCGCAACUGUCGCGAAAAAUACUUUCUGUAAAUCCAUUUGAAGUGUUUGUUGUCGAACAGCCUCGUAUCAUCCGUGUCGAGCAACCUUUUGUUGUCAAGAUUCGCAUCACAAAUCAUGUUCCGAGCGAACGUCUCAAGUUGUCGAUUCACGGAUACAAGAAUAAAAUGACAAACGUGUUACUUCGAGGACCCAACAACAUUGAGCUGAAUGAGCUGGAAGGUGCUUCGUCUGUAGAUGUCGAUCUGGAGUUUUUUGCCUUGGCUAUUGGCUUACAAAAAAUUACUGGCAUCCAGGUGUCUGAUAAAGUUUCUGGAACCACUCGCGAUAUUGGUUCGCUUACAGUAGUGCGUGUUAUAUCCUAGGCUUCUCAGACAUAUUCUAUCCUUUAAACAAUAUAUUAUACACAUGCUCGUUUUACUUUACUUUGUGUAUACUUGUUGGAUGUCAACAGCCGUUUGAGUUUAUUAUCUCAUCUGUUUUGAUUUUAAUUAUGGAAAUGAUCAUCUAAUAAAUACUGUUUUAGAUUC